AUGCUGCUGCGGGCAACCUCUCUGUUCCAGGGAGUCAAGACCAGCCCUCGCAUCGUCUCAGCCGCCUCACGUCGUGCUUGCCGUCCUGCCCAGGCUCCAUCCUGUCUGCCCGUGAUCGCCAGGGCCUCGGUCCAGGUCCGCUUCUUCUACAAGCCCAACAUGGCUGUCAGGGACCCCAGUACCGUCUCCAACUACGAUGCCUGGCGGACAAGGCACACCACGGCCAACCUCAAACUCGACUUCAAGGAGAAAGUCCUGCGCGGGGUGGUCACGCUCGAGCUCGAGUCGCAGACGGACAAGGGUUCCAGGGAGAUCAUCCUUGACUCCAGCUAUCUCUCGGUAUCCUCCAUCAAGGUCAACUCAAACGAGGCCGGGUGGCAGGUCAAGGACCGGGCGGAGCCGCUGGGCUCGCCGGUCCACAUCUCCGUGCCUGCUGGCGCGGCCAAGUCGGAGGUGGUCAAGGUCGACAUCGAGCUGGCCACGACGGACAAGUGCACCGCGCUGCAGUGGUUGACGGCCGCGCAGACCUCAAACAACAAGUCCCCCUUCAUGUUCUCGCAAUGCCAGGCCAUCCAUGCGCGCUCUCUGUUCCCCUGCCAGGACACUCCCGAUGUGAAGUCCACCUACUCGUUCAACAUCACCUCGCCCCACGUGGUCGUGGCCAGCGGCGUCGCCUCCGGUGAGCCCGAGGCCCAGAGCGGCGGUGACAAGCUGUACUCCUUUGAGCAGAAGGUCCCCAUUCCUUCAUACCUCUUCGCCCUGGCCUCGGGAGACAUUGCCACGGCUUCCAUUGGUCCCCGGUCCCUCGUGGCCACAAGCCCCGACAGGCUGGGGGCUGCCAAAUGGGAGUUUGAGCAUGACAUGGAGACGUUUAUGGAGGCUGCCGAGAAGCUGGUGUUCCCAUAUCAAUGGGGCCAGUACAACGUGCUGGUCCUGCCGCCGUCGUUCCCGUACGGGGGCAUGGAGAACCCAAUCUACACCUUCGCUACCCCUACCGUCGUUUCCGGGGAUCGUCAGAACGUGGACGUCAUUGCCCACGAACUCAGCCAUUCGUGGAGCGGGAAUUUGGUGACAAGCUGUAGCUGGGAACACUUCUGGCUCAACGAAGGCUGGACAAUGUACCUGGAGCGCCGCAUCAACGCGUCAAUCCAUGGUCCCGCCUACUUCGACUUCUCUGCUGUGAUCGGGUGGAAGCAUCUUGAGGACGCAAUCCAGGAGUAUGGCAGAGACCAUGAGUACACACAACUAUCCAUACCUCACAAGGGUAUUGACCCCGACGAUGCGUUCAGUACUGUGCCUUAUGAGAAGGGCUUUCACAUGAUAUACUAUCUUGAGAGACUCGUUGGCAGGGCUAAUUUUGAUAAAUUCAUCCCCUACUACUUUGAGAAGUGGUCCAGGAAGUCUUUGGACUCGUACGACUUCAAGGCCACCUUCCUGGAGUUCUUCGGAGCACCAGAAUACUCUGAUCUCAAGGACAAGAUAGCCAAGAUCGACUGGGAGACGAGGUUUUACGGCCGUGGGCUGCCACCAAAGCCUGAGUUUGACACCUCACUCAUCGAUGUCUGUUACAAACUAGCCGAUCAGUGGGAGGACAAGGACUACUCGCCUAAAGCCAAAGACGUGGAAGGCCUUGCCGCCAACCAGAAGCUCGUCUUCCUCGGAAAGGUGCAAGACUUCAGCAAGCCACUGAGCGUUGCACAGGCGGAGAAAAUGGGAGAUGUAUACGGCUUCCUCAGCAGUCAGAAUGUCGAGCUCAAGGCCGCAUACUUCCACAUUGCCCUGCGGUCCAAGGUCACAAGCACCUACCCUUUGGUUGCCGAGCUUCUGGGCCAGGUUGGACGGAUGAAGUUUGUGCGCCCACUCUUCAGGUCCCUCAACAAGGUCGACAGGGAGCUCGCUCUCAAGACAUUUGAGAAGAACAAGGAUUUCUACCACCCAAUCUGCAGGGCUAUGGUCGAGAAAGAUUUGGGCGUUGCCGCCGAGGCCAAGCAGUGA